GCCUGCCUCUCGCCGUCUCCCCUCGCCUCCGAUUCUGCGCACACAGCCUGUCAUUCUGCACAGCACAGUUUUUUCGCUCCGCUCGGAGAGCGAGUGGUGGAGAGAGAAAACACACACACACACGGAGGGAGAGCAGCUCAGGAGCCCGGCGAGAGAGCGAGGCGCCCGAGUCCCGCAGCCCAGCAUGGCUUCGGGGGACCUUUACGAGGUUGAGAGGAUCGUAGACAAAAGGAAAAACAAAAAGGGUAAAUGGGAAUAUCUUAUACGGUGGAAAGGUUACGGGAGCAAUGAAGACACCUGGGAGCCAGAACAUCACUUGUUGCACUGUGAGGAAUUUAUCGAUGAAUUCAACGGACUGCAUGUCACGCGAGAAAAGCGAACAAAGCACGGGAAACAAGCCAGCACGCCAAAAUUUUUACGUGAGAGCAGAGCGUCGUCCCUCGACAAAAUACCACAUAGGCCAUCUGACUCUGGGAAGAGCAAAGGGCUGCCCCAUAAACGGAAGCGCAUGGCCCCCUCAUUUCAAAAGCAAAAAAAGGGUUACGCGGCCAAGCCAGCACCUUCAGGAGACAGGGCUGCUAAAACAGUCUCUUACCGGACUACUCCCAGCGGCUUGCAGAUUAUGCCAUUGAAAAAGCCACACAACGGCUUACAGAAUGGAGAUGCCAGUUAUGAAAAGGAUUCUAGACAUUUUGGGAACGGCCCCCCAAAGCCAGACUUGGAUUUAAAUGAACAUGAAGCAGAACCUGAUUUGCCUGGAGUGUUGGAUGUGAAUAAUGAGCCACCCGUCAUGAAUGGAAUUGGUUCUUCUCUGGCAAAUGGAGGCCUGAAUCUUCAUAGCACUGUGAAAAGGAAGCUGGAAGGGGAGAAAGAUUACGUCUUUGAUAAGAGACUCAGGUACAGCGUGCGUCAAAACGAGAGCAACUGUCGGUUCAGAGACAUUGUAGUACGCAAAGAAGAUGGAUUCACGCACAUCCUCCUCUCCAGUCAAACCUCAGAUAACAAUGCACUGACUCCAGAGAUCAUGAAGGAGGUCCGGAGAGCACUGUGCAAUGCGUCAGCCGACGACAGUAAACUCCUGCUUCUCAGCGCAGUGGGUAGUGUCUUCUGCAGUGGCCUAGACUACUCCUAUUUAAUCGGCAGGUUAUCUAACGAUAGAAGAAAAGAAAGCACGAGGAUCGCAGAAGCUAUAAGGGAUUUUGUCAAAGCUUUUAUUCAGUUUAAGAAGCCAAUCGUGGUUGCGAUCAAUGGACCUGCACUCGGCUUGGGGGCUUCCAUUUUGCCGCUCUGCGACAUUGUCUGGGCGAGCGAAAAGGCCUGGUUUCAGACACCUUAUGCAACUAUUCGCCUCACUCCAGCCGGCUGCUCUUCGUACACGUUCCCACAGAUACUGGGUGUCGCUCUGGCAAAUGAAAUGUUGUUCUGUGGAAGGAAGCUAACAGCACAAGAAGCCUGCAGCAGAGGACUCGUCUCCCAGGUUUUCUGGCCCACAACGUUCGGGCAAGAAGUGAUGUUGAGGGUGAAGGAAAUGGCAUCCUGCAGUGCAGUGGUACUGGAAGAAUCUAAAUGCCUGGUCCGGAGCUUCCUUAAAUCUGGCCUCGAAGAUGUGAAUGAGAAAGAAUGUCAGAUGUUAAAACAGCUCUGGAGUUCUUCCAAAGGACUAGAUUCUUUGUUCAGUUAUCUGCAAGACAAAAUAUACGAAGUCUGACAUCCUUGCGCAACUCUGAAAGAGCAGGGAGGAAGAAUGUUCCAAGAGUAAAGCGAUUUCAGGCGUCACCAGGGUUUGAGAAAAUAAUAUAAAAAUCAAACCCAGACCCAGCAAAUCCUUCAGAGGAAUUUGUGAUAGUGUAUCUAACAUACCUAUGGUUGUGUCAGUUUCCUUGUGAGUUAAAUAGAGAAGUUCAGUGGCUGUUCCUAGCAGGUUUGAUUAUUGUUCGACAAAGGAAGAGACAGAUGUGUUAAGAACUGCAUCUCAAUGUACACUUGCCUAGAGAGAAGUGUACAUUGCAUGUGCUAGAAAGCACGAGUGUAUCCCAUCAAGGCAUACUGCAAAAAUCAAUUGUUGUCUCUUUUUUAAAAUUUAAUUUAUUCUUGCUACUGUAAGCAACUUAUCUUUGCGUUGACCCAAGUGGCUCAGUUUAGAAUUUGGGCCGAAGCCACGCUUUCAGGGCCCACUUUAGAAAUAUUUUAAUAAUUUUGUUUUGUUCGUUGAAAGAAUAACCAUGGAAAAAAUUUAAAAGGGGAGAGUAUAAUUUAUAUGUAUGAUGUAAAAAAAAAUAUUUUGGAGAAAAGAAAAAGAACCUACUUGGACUUGUGUUUUCCCCGCUCUGUUUGUGAAUUUAUUUAAUUUAUUUAUUUGUGUCUUGCUCUGUGUUUGUGUGUGUGCACAUACAGACACAUUUGAUUGUUCGUCUAGUUAAUAUAUAAUUAUCAUUUUCAGAUUUCCCCGGAUUGGACAACUGUUUUGCACGAGUACACAAGCUCUGUGGUUUACAGUAAACGAAUUGAGCUGUGCGUACAAUAAAAACAAGAUAAAGCAGGAAUGCUGUAGGGCAUUAAAAAGCAGCAGAGAGUAGACAUCAUUUUAGAUACCUUAAGAAAACCAAUCAAAUGCCGAAGCUGUGAGUUUUACACAAGUCUCCUCCUGACAACUUGAGGCAUAGGUAGCAGGUGCUACAUUUAAAAGAAAAGCUAAUAUGUUUACUAUUUUCUUAUUAGCUCAACAUUAAUAACAGGGUGAAUGGUGCCUAACUUGUGGCGCCAACAAAGGAUUAAGCAUUCCUUUGUGCUAUGAAACUUAGAACCUUACCUUCAUGAGCCUCCUUCCUCAGAUGUGAUGUAGUAUAUUUUGGAAAACGUUGAGAGAGGCCAGCAAGAAGCUGCUAGAGGAUCAUGAAUUAGAUGGGGAAAGGCUUUCAUACUUCUUUCAUUCUCCAGCCCUCGGUGGCCAGACUCUCCACAGGUUUCCCUCAGGACAGUCUAUGGUCAUUUACUAUUAGAAUGUGACCCUAAUGAAUAGAUUCUUCCAUUUUGCAUCAGUUUAUUAUGUGUUUGAAGUCUCUGG